AUGGGGCUCGCGAAUGAGGCCGCGCUCAUCAUCUUCGCGGCCCAGGAUUGUAUCAGUCAGAGGGAGGAUGAAGGAUCGGAGGUGCGAAAAGUUGCGCUUGCGCGAGAGAUCGCAGAAGGGAAUGUCAUUCCUGGCAGAAGCACAUGCGCAGGGGAGACCGAUCGCGAGAUGAAGACUGAUAUCGAUGUAGGAUUGAGGGCGAAGAAAGUGUUCGACGAGGUCGAGUCGCGGAGUGGUGCGUUGAGGGGGUUUCGAGCGGGAGGACAAAGGCGCCGGGAGUCGCGCCGCAACCUGCGGGCAGGUAGGGAAGAAGGUGAGAUGAAAUCCAGUAGCCAGGAAUCGAUUCCUGCCAACUGGAUCAGAAGUGACGAGUAUUCCAAUGGAUAA